AUGGUAAUUGUAGCUGUGGAUCUUCAGCUACAUGCACAUCUCAAUCUAGCAUUGUGGACUAUUAUAGCGGUACAAUAUAUUUGUAUGUGCCAGAGUUGUAUAGAUGAACUACAACCAUUUUUAGCAUCAUCUUCACAAAUGAAUGUAUCAGCACUUGACAAAUCAUUGUUAGUUCGAUUUGUGGAAAACUCAACAAUUCAAGAGGUGAUGGAUGAAUUAAUGAUUGAAACAUGGAACUCAUCAAUAAUGUAUGAGAGUUAUUAUAAUAAAUGUCAACCAUCACAAUGUAGUUAUACUGUUGAGACCAAGAACGAUGCAAUAUAUAUUAUUACGACAUUGAUUGGACUAGUUGGUGGUUUGAUAACAGUUUUAAAAUUGAUGGUGCCAAGAAUGGCCAAACUUAUCACGCCUUACAUUCAACGACAUAGAAUGGGACAAAAUGCUGUAAUACCGUUCGGUUAA